AUGGCUUUGACACCUUCAGAGAGCCUUGAAUGGUCUCUACCAGUUCCAAGUGUUCAAGAGCUUGCAAUCCAAAGGCUUGAUAAGGUGCCACUUAGAUAUGUAAGGGAUGACUUGGACCAGAUAACUCCUUCCAAUCCUUCUCUUCGUGUACCUUUGAUUGAUGUAAACAAGUUGGUCAACCCAGAAUUCCAUGAAAAAGAGCUCCAAAGGCUUCACUCUGCAUGUCAAGAAUGGGGAGUUUUUCAGAUAAUAAACCACGGAGUUUUUGAUGAAUCACUAAGCAACAUGAGAGAGCAAGCUCAAAAGUUCUUUGACCUUCCUUUGCAAGAGAAGAAACGUUGUGCUCAGAAACCAGUAAGUCUAGAAGGUUAUGGUCAAGCAUUUGUAACUUCUGUGAAACAAAAGCUACCGUGGAAUGACAUGCUCUUCCUCAAAACUCUUCCCUUUCAAAAUCGAAAUUUGAAUUUCUGGCCAGAAAACCCUCAAGAGUUCAGAUAUAGACACCUAGCAAUAUGCUCACAUGAUGGGAUGCUAGCUUAA